ACGGUUGGAUGGCAUCACUGACUCAAUGGACAUGGGUUUGGGUGGACUCCGGGAGUUGGUGAUGGAGAGGGAGGCCUGGUGUGCUGUGGUUCAUGGGGUCGAAAAGAGUUGGACACGACUGAGUGACUGAACUGAACUGAACUGAAUGCCUCUCUGCACGUCGUUGACUCCUGGACCCAACUGUGACCGAUUUAAGUUGCAUAUACCAUAUGCUGGAGAGACAUUAAAAUGGGAUAUAAUUUUCAAUGCCCAGUACCCAGAGCUGCCUCCCGAUUUUAUCUUUGGAGAAGAUGCUGAGUUCCUGCCAGACCCCUCAGCUCUGCAUAACCUUGCCUCCUGGAAUCCAUCAAACCCUGAAUGUCUCUUACUGGUGGUGAAGGAACUUGUGCAACAGUAUCACCAGUUUCAGUGCAGCCGCCUUCGUGAGAGCUCCCGCCUCAUGUUCGAAUACCAGACGUUACUGGAAGAGCCACAGUAUGGCGAGAACAUGGAAAUUUAUGCCGGGAAAAAAAACAACUGGACUGGUGAAUUUUCAGCUCGUUUCCUUUUGAAGUUGCCGGUGGAUUUCAGCAAUAUUCCCACGUACCUGCUCAAGGAUGUGAAUGAAGACCCAGGAGAAGAUGUAGCUCUCCUUUCUGUUAGUUUUGAGGACACUGAAGCUACUCAGGUGUACCCUAAGCUGUACUUGUCACCGCGAAUUGAACAUGCACUUGGCGGCUCCUCGGCUCUUCACAUCCCAGCUUUUCCAGGAGGAGGCUGUCUCAUUGAUUAUGUUCCCCAAGUGUGCCACCUGCUCACCAACAAGGUGCAGUAUGUGAUUCAAGGCUAUCACAAAAGAAGAGAGUAUAUUGCUGCCUUCCUCAGCCACUUUGGCACGGGUGUCGUGGAAUAUGAUGCAGAAGGCUUUACAAAACUCACUCUGUUGCUGAUGUGGAAAGAUUUUUGUUUCCUUGUACACAUUGACCUGCCCCUGUUUUUCCCUCGAGAUCAGCCAACUCUCACAUUCCAAUCUGUCUAUCACUUUACCAACAGUGGACAGCUUUAUUCCCAGGCCCAGAAGAACUACCCAUACAGCCCACGAUGGGAUGGAAAUGAAAUGGCCAAAAGAGCAAAGGCUUAUUUCAAAACCUUUGUCCCUCAGUUCCAGGAGGCAGCGUUUGCCAAUGGAAAGCUCUAGGAAACACCAAUCUUGAGAGGUAGCCAGCCAGACUGCUCUGUCCACAUGCGUGUCGGCACAUAGGGCUGCUUCCUGGAAGCCAUUGGAAUGUCUUCAUGGCAGCGUUUUGCUCACACAGCAGCUUUGCUCCGCGACUGGAACCCAGACUUGAGCUGGCUGGCGGGAACCUGGGUCCCAGAGCCGCCCGUCUCUGGUGGCUCCCUCUUUGUUUCCUGCAGUAUAUUUCUUAGUUGAAAGAAAUAAAGUCACAAAUCAUGAUGCCGUAUUUUUCCAGGGAAAGUAAGACAUCCUGAAUGCACACACCCUGAUUCCAAAGCCUUUGUCUCUUAGACCUCUUUUUAAGCUUUCAGAUUAAACACACCUUUGCUUUUCUCA